AUACUUCAAGAAAAUAGUAUAAAUUCUUAUAGGGCAUGAAAAUGAUUUCAUUGAAAAAUUCAUACACAACAAUGCAUUGGCCUUGUUCUGGUAGUCCAGAAUGUAAAGGAUACUUCAUUUACCCACAAGGAAGAAAUGCACAUCAGCUAGGAUGUAAUUAUGCAUUAAAACAUCGAAUAAGAAGAUGGACAGUUGGACUUAAAAAGAAAUGUGGAUUCAUUCGGGAAAGGAAUUAUUUUACUAAUGAUGAUGAAAUAGGUUGUAUUAAACUAUCACGUAUGAAUGUUAUGACGUACUCUAGAAAAUUGGAUUGAAAUUCAGUAUGUUUUUGACGGACCAUCAAAUACUAUUUAAUACAAUAUUAAUUAGCUUUACUGUUUCUUUUUUCAGUCUUCAAGUUGUUACCUAAAUUAAUAGUUUUUAGUAAAAUGAGA